CGCUCCUGGUUGUUAGGAGAAGGAAUGUGGAAGUCAGCAGAGCGGAGGGUGACAGGCUGCUCCCGCCAAUUGCAGCAGCAGCAGCAGCAGAGGCAUCGGCAUCGGCGGCGGCGGAGGAGGCAGCAGCAGGAGCAGCAGCAGCAGCCGCGUUUGUUCCGGGCAGAUCUCUUGCCUCUGGUUUUCUCUUCGCAGCGAGAUCGGGUGUAUGGGCUCGGGAUUGGUUUUACGCGUUAAUGCUAUUCUUCUCCCCACCGCCACCACCACCACCUCUCUUCUCGGUGAAAGUGAAACGAUCUGGAGACGGCUUCAGAAGCCAGAAUCAUGCAACGGCAGUAGGAGCAAGCGCUGCGUUUUUCCUUGUGUGCAUUUCGAUCUGGAUUUUUUCUUCCUUUUGAACUGAUCCCUUUAAGCAGAAAAGGAAAAGGAAAAAGAAAACAACAACCCGAGAAGCUGCCGCUCGGUGCUGUUCUCUUCUACUGCCUGCGUGAACCUCUCGCUCUUUUCUCUCUCUCACUCUUUUUGCCAAUGGUUUUUAAAUGACUUGAGUGAAAAGGGGGGGGGGCGAGAACUGUCAAGAUGGCAGCGGCAGCAGCAGCAGCAGCAGCAGGAGCGAGGAGGUUAUAAAUGUGGUGCUGUUGAUGCCGGAACGAAACCUUGGCAGCCCCUGCGGAGGACUUUUGGGCUUCUGGACCUGUUGGAAAAUCGGCGAUUUGACUGGUUUUGGAAACUGAGAUACUUUCUCUCCCCCACCCUGAGGACCACAAACAGACACAAAAAAAGGACACCAAUAAUCGUGGUGGGGUUUUGGGGGGGAUUGCUUCCCCCACUCUUUUUUUACUCCCUUUUUUUGGAGGAGGGGGGAGUGACCUCCACAAAUGUAGCAGGAGGCGAUCGGCUGCGCUUUACGGACUUCCGUGCUCCAGUUUAGGUGUCCUGGAAGUCAGCGGGAAGGAAGAUUCCUUCGGCCAAAACAUUGAAAGAAAAAAAGAAGAAGGGCUGAGGGGAAAAGUCCGCCAGAGCAACAAGCCCAGAGACUCGUGGCCUUUCCGAUCUCCUUUCCCCCCCCUCCCCGCCUCUCCUUCCCUUCGCUUUCAGGCGGGGGGGCCGCGGGCAUGGGCGCCCUGUAAUGGAUACCGCGCGACGUUAUUGGAGGAAUCCUCCUGCGCGGAGUGGAAGAUAAACAAACCGACGGGAGCCUCCCGGCCGCCUCCUCCGCGGAGAUUUGCUUCCCACUCCGCGGCGUUUGGGGGUGGGAGUGGGCGGGGGUCGGGUCCUUCCCGAGAGCGGAUUUUCUUGGGAUCCAGGGAGCUCACCUGGGACCCAGCGACCAUCGGAUUGCUUCUGGAUCUCCUUUGCCGCGUGUUUUCUCUCUUCUCUCUCUCUCUCUCUCUCUUUUUAAAAGGAGAGAGGGGAAAAAGGGACAGAGCUGGCGGGGUGAACCAAAGGGGCGGCGGGACGUUUCAUGGAGAGUGCCCUCUUUGCUCAACCUCGCUGAUCGCGCCCAGGAGGGACCCGGGCGUGGAUCGGAUCCUCCUUGCCUAGCAUUUGCCCGCUUGGCGGCCGCGAGAAAGGAAGCCGAGCGAGCAGCAGGAGUGGGGGAGAGGCCAAGAUGGCAGAGGCGUCUCCCCCCGCCCCCUCGUCCCCCCUCGAGGUGGAACUGGACCCCGAAUUUGAGCCCCAGAGCCGCCCGCGCUCCUGUACGUGGCCCCUGCAGAGGCCCGAGCUGCAGGCAAGCCCGGCCAAGCCCGCCGGGGAAGCGCCUGCCGACGCCACCUCCAUGAUCCCGGAGGAGGACGACGACGCGGACGACGAGGAGCAAGGGGGCAGCUCGGCCAUGACCGUCGCCGUCCGGAGUGGCGCGCCCGGCGGCGGCGACGCCGAGGCUUUGGCCCCGGUGCUGGCUCCUUUCUCCGGGCUUGCAGGCGAGGGAGCCGGCCAGGGCGCCAGGGGGGCGCUGGGCGGCGGGCAGCAGCAACCACAACAACAACCAGGGGCGACGGGCACGGGGACCGCCCCGCGCAAAUGCUCGUCCCGGAGGAACGCGUGGGGGAACUUGUCUUACGCGGACUUGAUCACUCGCGCCAUCGAGAGCUCGCCGGAGAAGCGCCUCACCCUGUCCCAGAUCUACGAGUGGAUGGUGCGCUGCGUGCCCUACUUCAAGGAUAAGGGCGACAGCAACAGCUCCGCAGGCUGGAAGAAUUCGAUCCGGCACAACUUGUCCCUUCAUAGUCGAUUCAUCAGGGUACAGAAUGAAGGAACUGGGAAAAGCUCAUGGUGGAUGAUCAAUCCAGACGGUGGGAAAGGUGGGAAGGCACCACGGAGGCGGGCAGUUUCAAUGGACAACAGCAACAAGUACACAAAGAGCCGAGGGCGAGCGGCUAAGAAGAAAGCGGCCCUGCAAGCAGCACAAGACACAAGCGAAGACAGCCCCACCCAACUCUCCAAGUGGCCUGGCAGCCCAACAUCACGAAGCAGCGAUGAGCUCGAAGCGUGGACAGAUUUCCGGUCCCGGACAAACUCCAACGCCAGUACAAUAAGUGGCCGCUUGUCGCCCAUUUUGGCAACCACGGAGCUCGAUGAGGCUCAGGAUGAUGACGCUCCCCUUUCCCCAAUGCUGUACAGUAGCCCACCUAGCAUGUCCCCAUCAGUAAACAAACCCUGUAAUGUAGAGCUGCCGAGACUGACUGAUAUGGCAGGCACCAUGAACUUGAACGAUGGCCUGACAGAUAACCUAAUGGAUGAUCUUCUGGACAAUAUAACUCUCCCCGCUUCCCAGCAGUCUCCCACGGGGGGACUCAUGCAAAGAAGCUCGAGUUUUCCCUACAGUUCCAAAGGGUCAGGCCUUGGUUCCCCGUCGAGUAGUUUCAAUAACGCCGUGUUCGGGCCGUCGUCUCUGAAUUCCCUCCGACAGUCUCCCAUGCAAACCAUCCAAGAGAACAAGCAAGCGACGUUUUCUUCCAUGUCUCACUAUAAUAACCAAACCUUGCAGGAUCUGCUGGCAUCGGAUUCGCACAGCCACAGUGACGUCAUGAUGACUCAGUCCGAUCCGCUUAUGUCGCAAGCCAGCACGGCGGUGUCUGCCCAAAACGUACGCAGGAAUAUUAUGCUACGGAAUGAUCCAAUGAUGUCCUUUGCUGCCCAGCCAAGCCAGGGCAGUUUGGCCAACCAGAAUCUGCUCCACCACCAGCAUCCACCCCAGAACUCCUCCCUCAGCGGCAGCCGUGCCUUGUCCAAUUCCGUCGGUACUAUGGGCUUAAGUGACUCAAACAACGUUGGGUCGGCAAAACACCAGCAACAGUCACCUGCCAACCAGUCUAUGCAAUCACUCUCUGACUCGCUCUCAGGCUCUUCUUUGUAUUCCAACAGCGUGAGCCUCCCGAUGAUGGGGCAAGAUAAAUUCCCCACUGAUUUGGACCUGGAUAUUUUCAACGGGAGCUUGGAAUGCGAUAUGGAGUCCAUUAUCCGCAGUGAACUCAUGGAUGCAGAUGGGUUGGAUUUUAACUUUGAUUCCCUCAUCUCAGCCCAGAAUGUGGUCACUCUGAAUGUGGGAAACUUCGCUGGUGCUAAGCAAGCGUCAUCACAGAGUUGGGUUCCAGGCUGAAGGAUUUAUGCAAAGAGGGGAAAAUGGGCAAAGCAGGCCCUUCAUCUGACACAAGUUUUGAAGAAAAGAAAAACCUUUGCCAAAAUCAACUGUCAGCAAAGACAGGGAUACCGUUUACAGCUUAUAUUAUAACCUUUAUCAGCCCUGCAUUAUUUUCCUGAUGAAACCAAGACUGUUAAUGAGCCCCAGCACUGGAGUGACGAACUGCCUUGUUUGGAACUGAACUUAUUCUGAAGUAUGCAAAAUCUUCCUAAUGUGGGGUGGUCCAGCAGCAAUUCCAAGAUAUGUGGAUACCACCCUGUUUCAGAACACACUGUGUAGCCUUGAUGAUAGUUUCUUUGUCAUUCAAUAUAUGAUGUUGCAGGAUUAUUUUUUGUUAGGUUUCGUUUUUCAGGGUUCCCCCCCAUCCCACCCUUCUAAGGUGUGAGUAAUUCCCUCCCCCAAUAAAUGCUUUAAUUGUUUUUCCCCCAUAUGCCAUUUCCUUAUGAAUACAAAAUGCAGAAUAAUAUAUGCACAAUGAAAAGUUGAAUCCAUUUUGGCUUGAAAUACCAACAGCACUUGAAUAUUACAGUCUUCAUAGUAUCUGAAAUUAAUUGGGUUAAAGAGGUGGUUUGUGAAGGGUUUUUAUAUUUGUUUUUGGCUUGGGUUUUGAUUUUUGAUUUUUAACUGGAUGGCUGAUUAAUGGAUUGGUUCUGAUUCAGUCUCAACAAUUCCCCAUCUAAGUCUGUUCUGAAACUUAAGGGUACGCUUGUCUUUUUCUUCUCAGCACAAAGGAGGGGGGGUGAAUUUUACCUCACAAAAAUUAGCCACCACCAAUGCUGCAUCCUAUCCAGUGUUCAAAAGGUAUGAGGGAGACGGGUAUUUUAUAGUGUUUAGGGAGUUAGAUGGCAGCUGACAUGCUGUCAGUCAGAUCAGCUCUAGUUUAAUGGGUUGCACUCACCGUUCUGCCCAGAUAGGCAUGGUGGCUUGGCUUUUGUUUUUGUUUUCUGUUUUCCUUCAUUGUUUAUUUGUUUUUUGCUCUGCCCCUACGCCAACUGGUGAAUCUUGAAAUGAGGCUGUGAGUUGCACCUGUUUACCACCUUGCCAAACAUGUCCGUGACCACCUAGAAGGCAACAGCUUGCUUUCACAUUAAUGAUAACAAUACCAAUAAUAAUUGCAUUAAAAACAAUAACAAUAAAAGAAAGAAAGAAAAAACGAAAAGAAAAAAAGUAACUAUCUUGCAUGAAAAUGAAGUUUUAUGUAUCUGCAUCAUCCAGGACUUGGGUGAUUUAUUACUUUGGUGAUUAUUUUUUACAUCCUCCUCUUAAUAAUUCUUUCCUUCUUGUGAUGUAUCUAUCAUUGAGACUGGGAGGAGAAGCUGUGUAAACCAGGAAGGAAGAUAGGAGGGAAAACCAUACAGAUAGCUUUUCAUAGGAGCGUAGACUGUCAUUGGAUAAAUUCCACUGAAAAACAAAGUAGUUUUUAUAUAUUUUGCUGAUAUGGGUUUCUUUUGUAAAUUUAUAUAGUAAUAAGGACUGAAAGUUAUGGUGCUGUGAAAGUCUUGUUUGAUUACUUUUUAUUGCUAUGCUUUUGAGAUAAAGAGGAGAGGAGACAGACAAAUAGGGGGAAGAACCCAAUGGUACAUUUUAAUUUUUAUUAUUAUUAUUAUUUUUAAUGGUGUGAAGACAUUUUGGCUGGGCCGACAUAUACCACUUUCUCCAAAGUGAAACAUGAAAAAACCUUUGGCAUAAAGACACAAUGCAUAUAAAUAUAUAAAUAUAUUUUAUUAUGUACAGAAACAGAUCAUUAUGCAUGAAUGUUAGGAAAACAAAUUAGCAUUUUAACCCAAGGUUUCAGUGCAUGAUUUUCCACUGGCACAUGUACCAUGUACUAUGUGACGUGAGGCCUGUCAGUCGCCACACAUUAGUGCGCGUGCACCUGUAAGGCACAAAGCACACACACACACACACAACACACCUCUGUGGGCCCCCUGCUGCUCCUUCUUUUCCAGUUCUCUGAGGUAAUACUGGGUGAAAUAACAGGCCCCUCUCGUGCAACAGACGUUUUGUUUUGUACUGUAGUCUCCUCAUGAUUGUGCUGCGCUAUUUCUAUAGACGAACAUGUGAACACCAUCCUGUGCAGUUCAGAAUUGAAUUAUGAAAACUCUGUGCUAUUGUGGUUCUUCAUAGAUCAUAGAAUAAAAGGAAACUUUCCAAAUAGUUAAGAUGUUUAUCAUUUUUCAAAAAUAAAUAAAUACAGACUAUUUUUUAAUAAUUAAGGUGGUAUAUUUGUCAAUGGCAGAGUCUAGUUUACCAUAUUUCUUUAAAUCAGAGAUUACCAGUGUGUGAGAAUGUUUAGCACAUUGGAAAGGGCUUCCCUAAGAGGAAAACACUAUAAAACUGUCAUCUGUUCCAGGGCUUAAGAAAAGUAUGAGUUUAUUUAGAAAGACUCAGUUACAGGUACUUAUUACCAAAGCUACUUAAGAUUUUGUUCACAUGCAUUCAUUAGUAUCUGAAAUAUCAUUAAUAUGUAAAUUCAGACAAUAGUAUAUUGGGGGUACUUGUUUGGUUUAGCAAUGUUUUACAUUGUGUACAAUUCAUGGCUAAGUUUCUGUUCUUAACAGGAGCUGUAUGCAUCUUUUCUUUAAAAAAUCUGAUACUUAUCAAAGCUUUUUUGUUUCUGCCUUGGUCUCUCCUGCUGAAAUGUUCUUUUUCCAUUUGGAGAUGCAAUUUUCAGAAAACUUGGGAAGUAAAUUUAUCCUUUUGCAAACUGUAAUUUUUGUCAGGUUAUAGAUACUGGAGUAUUCAUCUGGCUAAAUUAAAUGUAUUUUAAUCAUCUGCGAUAGACAACAUAGGUACUCCCACAUUCACCACAUGGUUAGGCUUCUAUAUAUUUUGGUUUUAAUUCCAAAGGGCAGACUCCCCAAAGAGAGGUGCAUCACUUUUUCAAUGUGCAAACAUUCAAGAGGGCAACCACCUGGAAGAGGGAGGGUACAGUAAUGUGCUAUAGCAUAUGGGUCACAUGAUAAAAAGGCCCACGUUCAGAGCUUAGCAUCUGCAUGUAGGAUUAGAAUGAAAGCCCCUAUGUGAAACUCUGGAGGGCUGUUCUCAGUCAUUGUCAAUAAGAGUGAGUUCCAUGGAUCAAUGGUCUGAUUCUGUAUAAGUCAGCUGAAUGUUCAACUUUCCUGGGAGUUCUGUUUUGGGCAGAGACUGACAAUUGCAGUUAUAUGUAGAGUGGAUUAUAUUUGACCCAAGGGACAUGUCCAAAUAAAACAGUCUGUCAGGUUGUUCAGACCAAAGGCAACGGGGUCCUGUUGACCUCAGUAGAACAAAACAAGCUGCAAGAAGCCAGAGUCUUGUGUCACCUUAAAGAUUAACACAUUCUAGUUGACAUAACAUUUUCAUUGACUCCAGCCCAUUUCUUCCAAGGCGCACACUGAAGUGGGCUGAAAUUCAUGAAAGCAAAUGCCAAAUUUGCUGGUCUUUAAGGUAAUGCAAGACUUUGUGUUGUUUUUCCUGCAAUAGAUUAAAAUGGCAUUCUUCCUGGGAAAACCAUUGCAUUGCAAUGUUCUCUAAACAGAUUAUUCUUUUAUUUUAAAAAUCAACUAAUACAGGGCUUCCUUGGUCACAGUGGGUAUCAUCCAGCCAAUUGAAAGCACAUCACACCAUGUUUCUACACAUUUUUACUCAGGAUAAAGUCUCAUUGAUGGUAUGUUGCAUUCUGUUUUUCACUCAGAGGAAUGUGAUUUUGAAAUGAGAUUGAUUGCUCUUUAAUUUUUCCUCCUUUAUAUCUGCUUCCCAUAGUACACCACAUGUUUGAAUUCAAUAAUAAGUAGUCAAGAACUUUAUGUUUCAAAUAACUUUCGAACAACUGCAUUCCAGUUUACAGGCUUAUCCUGUGUACUUUCGACUCCUCAAACUUGGUACCUCCAGUAAUUACCUUCAGCAAUUGUAUUUACAUAGACUUAAAGGAGUCAGAUUUAAGUUAGCCAUCUUUAGCUUGCACCCUUCACUGUCACUCCCAUAAUAUCUUGCCAUUAGCUGUGCUGGAUGGAUCUGAUAGGAGCUGUAGUCUAAAACAUAUGGGAGUUCCACAUCGGGGGCAGCUGUGCUAGGUGAAAGCAAGCAUCUGAUAUUCAGAUUUAACUGUGAUUCAGUAUUAUGAUAAUAGGUUAGUAUGAGUCUCAGGUUCUCACAUUUAUACUGCCCCUUUCCUCUAAAGCAGAAGCGAAGGAGAUUGAAUGCUCCCAUCUUCAGUUUUCAAUAAAUAAUAGUUUCCUGUUAAGAUUUCUUAACCUAGGAACCUGGUAUUUUCUAACUGCAGGUACUUAACAAAGCAGAAUCUUAAACUUUGUGGUUUCUCUGAAUCAGUAAUUUGCAUUUGUUGACAUGUUUAUAGCUCUCUUUUCAAAUCAAACUGAAAAUGGCUUUUGGAUAAGAUCUCUGCUCCCUCCUUUCAGAUAGGAAAAGGGAGUGGAAGAGUGUGGAAGAAUGACAGCUGAAGGAUCCGUUUUGUUCCUUCUUAUACCUUGUUAUGUCUGAAUUGAGCCAAAAGGGCACACAGGUUUCUGAAUUCAAAGAUUAAUAUUCGUUGCUGGGAUACAGUGGCAGCAAAAUGAGCUUCUCUUAGAGUACAAUUAGAUGGGCAUUUAGCCUGCUGUUUGGUUCACCAUGAAGGAUGGGUUGGUUUACUCCUUUUUCUGGUGAUCACACGAUAUCAUCACUGGAGUGCACCAGCCCAUCCCUGGAGAAUUCCUCUCCUCACCUUUCUGAAUCCUUAUCAGAGAUUUCUGCUUUUUGGGGGGUGGGGGGUGUAGGAUCGCUCCAUUUUGUUUCCAGCACAUAAGUUCAUUGGAACCAGCGCAAGCUUGGAGCUGUCAAGGCUCCUUCCAUUGUCAGUUUCCUAUAUGGUGAAGGUGGGCUAGGAAAACAGCCACUGUAUGCUCCUAUAUUAGAGCAGCACAUUUAUUUAAAAAAAGAAAGAAAGAAAAGAAAAUGUCCUCCCAGAAGUGGAAGGAGACAGAAGGGGGCAACAAGGGGUAUUCUUCCCCCCCUUUUUUUUCUUUCCUUUAUGACUUGUCUCAAAGGUCAGGUUGAGAACCUGCCAGCAGUGGAUUUGACUGCAGGCAGGCUCAUGACCCAAACUUUAGCACAAGUCUCAAAAGAAGAAGAAGAAGAAGAAGGUGGGGGGAGACCCCUCAUUGCCUCCUCUGGCCUCCAGGGGGAAAGUUUCCGUUUUUUAAACUUUUUUAUAAGUGAUGCCGUGCAUCUGCACUGCUCUAAUACAAGACCAUACCAAAUGGCAUGCUGGAUCUCUUCACAACCUCUAGUAACCCUAUUUAGCCUUCUCCAUCCGGCUCCAAUGGGACUGUGCAGACCAACCCCCAGUAUGUAAAUUUUAAACCACUCCAUGGAAGUCCUGAAGUCCUGUAGCUGACUCUGUGUCAGUGAGCUGAAUUUCUCAACCUGCCAGCUUCUCAGCUAUCCUCCAUAUGUGCUCAGCUCCAAGGAGCUCUGAGUAAUGUGGCUCUAACAAACAUUUAAACAUGUCCCCCAUUCAGUGAGAUCACUUUUCGUGUGCUUAAAUGCUGUGGUACCUCAUAGUUAAUAUCUGUGAACUAACUCUGUUGCACUAAUGGUUCUUGCUGAAUUGUUUAUGGGAUCAUACCUAGCAAAUACUUAGGUGAUUAUCUUCAGUCACUGUAAUUUUUGAAUGAUUACUCCAUCAAAAUUAUGAAACUAUCCCCCUUAAAGAAGGAGUUGGCAUAGUUGUAUAAACAUUUAUCUAACUCUCAGUUGAAUAGUUUUUUGCAUUCUGCUUUUUUCUUUCUUUUUUAAACAACAAUAAGCUUAGAACUCCAAAGCUGGAAGGGACCCUUCAGGAUCAUCAAACCUGGCUCCUAUCAAGGAAGCACAGUGGGAACUGAACUCCCAACAUCUGGCUCCACAACCAGACACCCAAACCACUGAGCUAUCCAGCAACUCAGAUCACUCCUCCAUGGUUCAUUUUUUUUUUACUUUCACUCUUGCUGAAUUAAUCAUUAUAAUAAUGGAUUACCAGGCUGUUGCAUAUCAUAUCACUGUCUUCAAGAACUAAAUAUUGGAACAUUUAUCUCUUGGGAAUGACAUAAUUGCUUAGCAACGAAUAGUCAUUCAUUUAUUUUCUAAACAUGGUGUAUAUCAAAAUAACCAGCAGAUGUAAAGGGGGACCACAUACAAACUAACUUGCUAUGGGGUGGGACUAGGGGAGGAGUGGGAAAGACAUUGUACAUUUUGGCUUCAUGUGUGAAACUUUUUUGAACCAAAAGAAGUUGCAUGAAUGGACAAAAUAUGUAUACAGCAUCUGUAAAACUGUCUGAUCGGGGUUCUUUCUUUCACAGUCAAACCACAUACUUUUGGAAGAAAAUUCCGCCCACUGCCUUAGUGCAUGGCUGUCUUUCCUAAGAAGCGCACCAUUUUUACUUUUCCUAUGAGCUACUUUGCAGUUUCAUUUCAAAGUUGGCUCUGUUGUGAACUCAACAGAGGCCUUUGUGAAACCAAAUGCUGACAUGGGUAAAUAUACUACCUUAAUACAUCAUGACUGGGUGUCAUUUGGAAAUCUUCCCCCUUUUGCAAAUGAAAUAGCAAUGCAGAGCUUAACUCAGCUUGAUGUUAGUAGAUAUUGCGUUGUGCAGCCCAUUUUCAGUUGUAAUCUAGUUUGUAAAAGAAAUUGUGACGCAUGUAAAUAAAGCAUCAUGGAUCUCUA